AUGGCUGCUACCGAGCAUCUCCCGGAGCAGGAAUAUGACUACGAAGCUCUCCCUUCCAACUAUGGCUUAGGCCGAAAUAUGCUUGCGGGCGCUUUUGCAGGGAUAGCGGAACACUCCGUGAUGUACCCGGUUGAUUUGCUCAAGACUCGCAUGCAAAUCCUGAACCCUUCAACCGGCGGCCUGUACACCGGCCUCACCAAUGCGGUCUCCACAAUUUAUCGGAUUGAAGGCUGGCGGACACUAUGGAAGGGUGUUUCUAGUGUGAUUGUUGGCGCUGGUCCGGCACACGCGGUGUAUUUUGGAACGUAUGAGAUCGUGAAGGACAUGGCUGGCGGCAAUGUCGAUGAUGGACACCACCCAUUGGCAGCUGCUAUGAGCGGUGCCUCGGCCACGAUCGCGAGCGAUGCGCUGAUGAACCCAUUCGAUGUUAUCAAGCAGCGUAUGCAGGUUCAUGGUUCAGUUCACAAGACCCUGAUGCAAUGCGCCAAAACCCUCUACCGCACCGAGGGUCUCCAGGCCUUCUACGUCUCCUACCCCACCACCCUCUGCAUGACCGUCCCCUUCACUGCCACCCAGUUUGUCGCCUACGAGUCCAUCUCCAAGGUUAUGAACCCCUCCCAGCAAUACGACCCCUUCACCCACUGCAUGGCCGGCGGUCUCGCCGGUGCCUUCGCCGCCGGUCUCACCACACCCCUGGACGUCGUGAAGACCCUCCUCCAAACCCGUGGCCUCGCCGAGAGCGAGGAGAUCCGCUCUGCGCGCGGUCUCUUCAAUGCCGCUGCCAUCAUUAAGCGUCAGUUCGGCUGGUCUGGUUUCCUCCGAGGCAUGCGCCCUCGGAUUAUCUCGACCAUGCCGUCCACGGCCAUUUGCUGGACAUCUUAUGAGAUGGCCAAGGCUUACUUCAAGCAACAAAGCGAAAAAUAA